UUUUGCGCCAGAAUAUCAAACCCUAACUCAAACCUCUCUCCCUUCUGUCUCUCUCUCUCUCUCUAUUAGAUGACAAUGGCGGAAGAAGCUGCUGCAUCUGAAACCUCUGCCACAGUGGCUCAGCCAGCGGAAACUGUUGCUGUUGUUGGAACCGUAAACCCUACCGAGCAUGAAAAGAGCGGAAUCACUGUGGAUGCUACCGUGGAAUCCACAGCGCAAGGCGGAGCGGAGUCGGUUUCGGUUUCCAACGGCGACAACGCCGGAGAAGCUUCCGGUAGUGAUCCUCAGAAGUCCUUGGAGUUCGCGGAUGAGCUAACGGAGAAGGGGAACACAGCCAUGAAAGAGAACGAUUUUGGAGAGGCAGCUGAUAACUUCAGCCGCGCUCUUGAGAUCAGAGUUUCCCGCUAUGGUGAACUUGCUCCCGAGUGUGUACACACCUACUACAAAUAUGGCUGCGCACUGUUAUACAAGGCUCAGGAGGAAGCUGAUCCUUUGGCUGAUGUGCCCAAGAAGGAGGAUGGAUCUCAACAUGGCUCCACAAAAGAUGGAUCUAUGAAGAGUUCUGUAAAUGCUGAAUCUUCUACUGCAUCUUUUUCAAGCAACAUUGAGCAGGAUGUAACUUCAACUGACCAGGGUCCAGCAGUAGAUGAUGAGUCUGCUAAGAAUGACCAGGAAGAAGAUGAGGAGGAUAGUGAUGCUGAGGACUUGGCAGAAGCUGAUGAAGAUGAGUCUGACCUGGACUUGGCAUGGAAAAUGCUUGAUAUAGCUAGAGCCAUUGUUGAAAAGCACUCUGUCAAUACAAUAGAACAAGUGGACAUAUUAUCAGCAUUGGCAGAUGUUGCAUUGGAAAGAGAGGAUUUUGAAACUUCUCUCUCUGAUUACCAGAAGGCACUAUCCAUUUUAGAACAGCUGGUUGAACCAGAUGAUAGGAAAAUUGCUGACUUAAAUUUCCGUAUAUGUUUGUGUUUGGAGGUUGGUUCUAGACCUCAAGAAGCAAUUCCUUAUUGUGAAAAGGCUACAUCUGUUUGUAAAGCAAGGUUACAUCGGCUGACAGAAGAAGUAAAGAGGAUUUUGGACUCAACAUCCUCUGUUUCCGAGUCACAACAGAAUGUACAAACAUCUGAGUUUGAAAACUCGGUUUCAGAUAAACAGGCAGAGAUUGAAACUCUCAAAGGUCUCUCAAGUGAAUUGGAAAAGAAGCUUGAAGAUCUGCAGCAGCUGGUUUUGAAUCCAAAAUCAAUUCUUUCCGAGAUCCUGGGAAUAGCAGCUGCCAAGGCAGGUGCGAAGGAAUCAUCUCCAGGAAAAGUGAGCUCCUCACAGAUGGCUACUGCUGACAGCAGUGCAGGUUUUGACUCUCCAACCAUUUCCACUGCUCACACCAAUGGAUCCACCGGAGUCACACAUCUUGGUGUGGUAGGUAGGGGAGUUAAGCGUCCAUCAAAUUCCAGUGUACCAGAAGCCAGCGCACCAAAAAAACCAUCACUAGAAUCAACUGAUGGCAAAGGUGAUGGCGACAAAUCUUGAUAUAUCUAGGUCUUGGUCUUUCAUAUGGAGAGUUUAACUUGAACUUGUAAUGCUAUCAUACUUUCUGGCGACUAAAAGAAUCGUUUGUAGGGAGUGUUAUGUGAUUCCUUAUAUUGCUAUUGUAUGCCCCGUGCAUUUAAUUGACGUUA